GGCGAGCGGAACCCGGAUGGAACUGUCAUGGCUGCCGUCACCGACCUGCCAGUCUAAAGAGAAAAAAGAGGAACCUUUAUUCUAAAGCAUGGAGGUUGACCUGACAACAUCAGAUGAUCCCCCUGAAAGCCAUGACCAGAACCAGGAUGAUGACACAUCACUGGAGCACAUUUUGCCUCUUGAGUUGGCACUUCAGAUUCCUGAGACAGGCUCUUGCAAUGAGCGUGCUGACCAAGAUGAAACCAUCCCUGAGGAGUCAGGUACCGCUCAUCUUCAUGCAGACAGCAAAGCUCCUGGAAAGUCUCAGUGUAAAAUGCAACAGGGUGCCAUAUUCUCUGGAAAAAUCCUCAGUUUCUGUUGCUCUGAAUGCAAAGACGACGCUACUUACAGCCCUAAUGACUUGCUGAAACAUUUUCAAGGUGCUCACAUAGGGACGCUUCCAACGUAUCCGUGCGAUCUGUGCUCAUUUGUCACCAACGAGUUCUCUUCCCUUCAGCGGCAUCGCAUCGGACAUCGGAACACUUUAGUCACAUGCGAGAUCUGCAACGACGGGGUGCAGUAUUCGCUUCUAUGGCUCACCAGGCACUACACCAACUGCCACAGCCUUAACGGACAUUUCUCCUGCAAAAAGUGUGAGUUUUCAACCAGAGAUGCAGGCACCUUUGUUCAACACAUUCAUCACCACAACGAACGAAAUCACAAAUGUGUAAAAUCGCCACAUGUGAGCCCGAUGCAAGGAGAGCUUCAGAGGCACAACCUGGUGCUUUCCGCGCAGAAUUCAUUUCCGUUCUCUUGUCAAAUUUGUGGCUACAGUGCAGCACGUAGAGAGUACCUGAGCAAGCAUAUUACUGUGGCACAUGGCGACGAGGUGGAUAGAACAAACAAGUGGAAAGCAAAUGAGGACAAUUCUGUCGUGAAUUCAUCUGGACUAAAACUGUUGCUUAAAAAGACACCUUCAGGUGCAGCAUCCAGAGAAUCGCAGUGGAUGUCAAAACUAAACUCUCUCCCUGGCGUUGGCUUGCUCGAUCAUAACGGCAGAUUGUUUAAUCCCGAAAAAACUUUGGAGGACACCCAGCAGUUCCUCGAAAGAGCUGUUGGGGUUACAAAAGAGAGUAAUAAAUGGACAAAGUCUCCCCUUAAAAGUGAGCCACAGGGUUUGCACGCCAUUUCAUCAAUAACACCGCAGCCAAAGUUACAAGAACAUGAGAACAGUCCUGCAAGGGAACUUCUGAAUCCAACCAACAGUAACGGACUGACUGUUCUUAUGGUGAAAAAUAAAAUUUCUAUUCCACCCAACUGCACCACUAAAGUAAUGGGCUUUAAGAUGGUAGAUGGUAAAAAACACUUGGUUCUAAAAGUCAUACCAGCAAAACAGGAGGAGUCCACUGAAAAUGAGGUUUGUGAUUCACACACUGGUGUAGAUGAAGAUAAAACAACCAGUACUCCCAGCUCUUCGUUCUCACCAACAACAGGAUCUCUCAUCAGUUUAGAGUCUGGAGAGUCAAAUGAGACUGGUGCUAAAAAGCAUCUGAAUUCUUCAAUAAAGGAAGAGUCACAAGAAUGUGAAAAUCAAACUGGCAACCAUCUCUCCUUCAUAGAGGAGCACAAAGUAAGCGUUAAGAAGGAAAAUAAAGCCUCUCCUGCCUCCGUGAAUGUUGAUACACUAUCUACAACAUCAAAAGAUCUUACAGUUUCCCCUUGUCAGAGCACUCAAUCCAAUGGGAGGUCAUCACCUCAUGAGGUGUCUUUCUGUUCAUGCGAAAGAAGCACUAGUGAGAUCCCACUUUUGGAUUCCCUAAUGACUGAAACAGAAUCAUCUAAAGAUAAAACGGUAGGGUCAGCUUCAGUCGCGGAUGGACCCUCUGUAUUACAAUUGCCUGAUGAUAAAACUACUAAUGCGAUUUCCCAUGCAAAUUCGGACCAUGAAAUGACUGUAGAUGAUAAGCCUACAAGCACCAAUAUCCAGCAAUCGAAAAUAAGUGCAGAUAAGAUGUCAGAUGAAUCACUUAUCCAGAAGAUAAAUAAAUAUCAGUCAUGUAAGAAUAAUGCUGAGCAAAAUGACUGUAUUAAAAUUCCCAUAGAGAACACAGGUUGUGAUUUGUUGGCUAAAGACAGGCAGGAUUCUGAUAUUGAUAAAGUCCACAUCUUAAAUGAGACGACUGCUGUUAAGACAUUUUCUUUAGCUGGAGAGAACAUUAAGUUUCCACCAAAUUUUAGAUAUGCUUCAAAUCAGUCCUCCGAAGUAAAUAAAAAAGACACAACCGAGUCAAAUUGUAGCCUGCCUAAAAUGAGUAGAGGUGAUGCCAAAGAUUGCAGUGCAGAGGUCGAAAGUAACUCCCUCAAUUCUCCAAGUCAAGAGGUCUUCAGUUUUCACAAUUAUUCUAAAGACACCUCAGGCAGCUCGCCUGAGUCACUGCAACCUGAAGAAGAUUCACCACAGAUGUUAGAAGAUGAGGAGUGUGAGGAUGAUUUUGGCGAUUGGAGCUUAACCCUUCCUGCAUCUCCUCUUCCAAACGAACAAUCUGAAGAAGAUGAAGGUGGCAGACAGGGAGGUGCCAAUGACGGCGAUGCCGAAAGCGGAGAGAAAGAUUUAGAACGUGUAUCAGAUAGUGAUAUCGAGGUUGAUGAGUGCAUAGCUACUGUUGACGAUGCGUUAGUUCCUGUGCUUCCUGAGAAGGAAAAAGAAAUAGAUUCUUCUGUGUCAGACACGAAACAGAAAGACGGCACCCUCGUGGGCGAUAAAGCACCUGCAAAUUUGAACAGCGCUGCUGUUUUGGGCAAGAUACUUGAAAAGCACUCAGAUGCCAUCAUCAGUCAGCAACUUGAAAAGGAAAGAAUGAGUAAUUCAGCGCAAGAAACUGUUAAGCCAACCAAAACCACACUUAGGAUCCUGCAGACACCUGAAGGAAAACAGCAGAUGUUUCUUCAAACAUCAGAGACUCCGUAUGCCGUGCCGGUUCAGCUUAAAAGUGGUGCCGGGUUUAAAUUGAUCACCAAGUCCUGUUCUCCUAAAAUAAACGUGUCGUAUGUACCUGGGAUCGAGACACCCAAUAGGACCACUGGAGUAGCUCUCACAUUAAAUGGAGGGAGGAUUGGAAUGGCUGCGCAUAAUUCAAGCGUGGAAACCAAAGGCCAAACAUCCGCCAGCAGUGGAAAUCGUUUCCUCGUCAACGCUGCUGCUCUUAAAGGACCUAUUCUGUUAUCAGGUGCUGUCAAGUCUUCAUCAGGGGAGCAGGCGAACAACACGCCACAGACUUGUUAUUUAAUUCAGAGACCGGUUCCUGUCACCCCGGAGUCUGGUGAAAGUUCCAAGACUGUUCUCGCAACCCGUCCUGUAUUGGCCAUGCCCGUGAAAGCAGCAGAUAAAACCAGCACCUUGCAAAUUGGGAGACAAGCUUACUUGGUAAGAUACAUUUCUCCAGCUAAGUCAGGUGUGCUUUUGAAUAACUCUGAUGGGAAAGCUCUGAACCAAAGCAACCAAGGAAACGAGGGCGGCAAACAGAGAGUUUUCCUCAAGAUCGUAAGAGGUCCAAACGGCACCAGAUUUCUCACCACCGCCCCAUACGCCGCAGGCAAGAAACCUGUAUACCUUGCCACUAGCUCUUUACAGUCGCCUUGCUUACUGAUGUCCUCCCAUAAAUCUUUCACCAACGCAUCAACAGGCCUGACGUCUAAUUCCCAAGGUCUCAAACUCAUCCCAGCACAGAUUAAACAUGUUGUAUCCCAAUCAAAUGUUCAAAGCAGAGGUUAUCAUAAUGUAGCAUUACAAAAGGCGCCACUCAUUCCCGGUCCCACCCGUCCACAAAGGAAGAGGAGGAAAAAGGCUUUGUUUGAGGAUUUUACAGAGAGUGCUCCUAAAACAAGGAGAAUCUCUAACAAGUCGGCGGCUGAGAAAGACGCUACCUCAAUUUGGGAGCCAGCCGCGAAAGAUGUGGAGAGAACGCUGAGGCUCUGUCCCUUUAGUCCACUUCAAGAAAUCAAAUGUCCCCGUCGAAACCAGCCUGUGGUUGUGCUGAACCACCCUGAUGCAGACAUCCCUGAGGUCGCCAGCAUCAUGAGGUCAGUGAACAAGUACAAAGGGGAGGUUCAUAAAGUGGUGCUAUCAAAAAGUACAGUUAAAGCCCUUUCUGAGCUGAGCGGACUUUCAAAGCAGUAUGCUUCCAGCAGCAACGCCGUUGCGAGACCCAGGCCGGUCGGACGCACCGUUGCGGAGAGAUUCAUUUUGAAACUUAAGUUAAAAAAGACAAGCAGAAAUAAGUAUGAGGUUGUCAGGUCCUCAUCUGCCGGCUCAGAGCAGCAGUCGACAUUUUGUUGCUGGUUUUGUGGUCGAGUCUUUAGCAACCAAGAGGACUGGAUCGGCCAUGGUCAACGGCAUCUUAUGGAAGCGACAAGAGACUGGAAUAAGAUGUUCUAAUGCAACUACAGAGCCCCUGGAUUGGGCUUAAAUGCCAUCCUUCAUUGUAGAACACCGUUUUUAUUAUCCUUUCCUUUUUAAUAGUACAGUAAGAUACAGUUAACCUGUCAAUAUUAUUUUUUCAUAGAUUUUCUCCAGAAGCUUUUAAAGGGUAUAGUGUAAUAGAGGAGAGUUUGGUACCUGCAACCAGUUCGUAUGUAAAUAAUUUUAACCCUUGUAUAUUUAAAUGGAAACUUUUGAGUAUGUAUAGAACGGAACUGUGAAAACUGGACACACUGUAUGUUUUUUGGUGCACGCAGGAAGAUCACUGGUAUGAAAAGAAGGUGCUGUCUCUUAUAGACCUCUUUUAAUGCAGACAAUUGAACAGAUUUCUCAGGUAAUUCCAUAAUCUUUGAAUGAAUGGUCCAUAAAGAAUUGUCUUCAAUAUGAAGCUGUGAUUGAUUGUAGAUACAUAUGUCAUACCUACAUUGUAAAAGGUCACGGAAUCUAUUGAACACGUUUUUAUUUCCCAUUAAUGUCUUUGGAUGUAGAAUUGUUCAGAAUGAAUGGAGGAAAAAGAUUUGGGAAUUAUGACAAACAUGACUAAAAACGAACCAACCGGUUCCUGUGGAAGCCACCCUUUUAAAACUAUUACGUGUCCUUUGAGGUGGUCUGCCAUUAUUACGCUGUUUUUUCGAAGUUCUCAUGUUGUUUUCCUGGUGCCAUGCAUCUCCCAUCAUUAUAUUAACAAAGACCCCGGGUCAUUUUAGUAGCAAUAAUGGACUUUAUAAUAAGUGUAAAAGUUUUCUCUGUAAACAUGUUGUUCUGAAGCCACAUCUGUUAGUUAUCACUUUAGUUGUUCAGUUGAUUUCUCAGUGUCUCUCCUGUUUUCAAAUGAAGAAAUGCACCUGUACGUGUAUGAUUAUGCUUUACUUAAACAUUUAACAGGAUGUAUUGAGAUGUAAGCCAACAAACCUCAAAUAGCCAACCAAACACUAACUGUAUUUUCAUUUUCUAUGAUACUUGAGUGCCUCGUUCUGCCUCAAAGUUUUGAAUAGGGGGUCUUUUUCUUUUCAUGGUAAAGUCCAGAUUUGUAAGAUUCUUGUGUGCUUAGUGGAGUUCAAAGGUUAAAUUGUGACUAUUCUUUAUGGUAGAGUUCAUUGAUUUUUGUUUUUGAUUGAUUUUUCAUUUUGAUUGAUUGAUCAACAUUUAUAUUAAAAGUUGUGAUUCAUUCGGAGACUUCCUAAACCAGGGUGUUCUGAUACAUUUUUGUUAUCGGUAGCACCAAUAUCAAGUUCUCAGUCACAGCAUGUGACAGAAAUAAUCCAUAAAACAACCGGCUAAAGCAUUACUUUAAUUUUUUAAGGUAAUUGCAAUUAUUGAUGUUCAGAAACUGAUCUGCCCAAUUUAUUUUCCAGUGUUGAUUCUGGAUAGACUUCUCAUAAGUAAUCUGAUCUUGAAAAUGUUGGUCAGUAAAUCUUUAUCCACGGUGCUUGAUAGUGUCAAAGCUUUGAUGGCAGAGAGGUAAUAAUCCGUCCUUCAUUUCAUAGUGUUCAGUGUUCUUAUAGUUGUAGACCGUAUCGGUGGUCAUUCCCUAAGGCUUUGGUUUCCUGUUUGGACAGUUAAUGUUGCAAUUGGUUACAUGAGAACUUUGUGUUGUUGGACUAGAAAGUUUUGACUUUUUUGAGAGUUUUAUUAAUGUUCACUGUUUCUCACCAUCUUUGUGACAUGACAAUCACUGUUAUACAAGUGAAAUUGUGGAAUUGUUUAUGCAAACCAUAACAGUUGACUAAUAGCUCGAAUGGCCCAGCGUGAAACUAGUAAUGUGUCAUGCCUCGAAGGAGCAAAAAUAGUCUUCACUCAGUCACCUGUCAACCAAAUAAUGUUUGUCCUGAGUAAAAAAAGUAUUUCCUUCUGGCUGUAAUGCCCAUGUCACAGGUUUUAUUGGGAUCUGAGAGACAAGUUUAUUUUUUUAUGCUAAGUGCCUAAAAUGUGAUGCACCAGGUUCACACUAUAUGUACUGUAUUUACCUCCUUGCAGUUCCUUCUUUAAUAAAUGUAAAUAUCUUUGAAGAUGUUUGU